CAGAGGCACACAACGGGCUACAACGCAACUCAAUAAAGCGAGGCUUUUAUUUGCUCGUGGAGGUGCGUUGCUCCAUACAAUGUCUAGUUCUGCAGCUUCUCACAUUUCUACUGCUACGGGGUGCUGGAUAUCACCAUUGUUCAAGCAGAGGAUACAACGUCUAACAGUGAAGAGAACUGAGCACUGCUCGCUGAUCAGCUCGACAGAGAACUAUAUAACCAUGCAACAAAUGUCACUGGCUCCAGUGGAGGGCGCGUUACGUCGCAGGGUGCCAACCCUGCCAGCGAUCAAGCCAGACAGGCUAAAAACAGCUAAAGCGCUAGUGGCAAAGGCAGUCAUGCUGAAGAAAGUGUUUUCAGUGCAGGGGCCGUACCCUGUGAUCCGGGCUGCCUUACGAGCCAGAGGGUGGGUGGAACGUCGUGUGCCCCAUCCCGCCCAGAGAGCCAGUCAUUGCCAUGGCAACAAGGAGGAGGAUGGUGACGACGGUGCUGCGGUUACUGAGAGGGUGGAUGAAGGCGGGAAAGAGGAGAAGCUUGAUGACAUGUAUGACCUCAUGUCUCGCCUGGUUCGAAACGAAACAACAUAUUUCCACUGGACAACACGUCGUGAUUACAUAGACUUUCGCUCCUUACGGAAUGAGCAAAUGACCAACCACUACGCAAAUUCUGGGACGUUUACUACCAAGGUUGGCCUCUGUGUGAACCUCCGUAACCUUCAGUGGUUUGAUACAGCAGAUCCCGACACCUUCUUCCCAAGGUGCUACAGGCUUGGGGCAGAGGAUGAAAAGCAGGCUUUCAUAGAUGAUUUCAGGAAGACAGCGUGCACCAGCCUGCUGCAGCAUGUGGUUAAGACAAGCAGAUGGAGGAGAGAUGGAGCAGAGGACUUAGAUAAUGUGGAGCAUCAAUUUGUUGGUCCGGGGCUGAUUGACACAGCUUUGCACGUCUGUCAAGAGUUUCUCAAUGUUUUAGAUCACAGAGACAUUGAUGUUACCGUAGAAACAUCGACCUCGGUGGAAGAGCAGCAUUGGGUGGAGUUUCUGCAUGACUACUACAUGGUUGUGCAUAAAGGUGCAUUGAUCAGGGGUAGCAGUCUGUUUGUGGAGCGCUGCCAGGCCACUUUAAACAAAAUGCAGGAGGCUUGCCCUCAGCUGGAUACUGAUGGACUAAAAAACAUCUGGAUCAUCAAACCAGGUGCCAAGUCAAGAGGACGAGGCAUCAUGUGUAUCAAUCGCCUGGAGGAGAUUUUGGCCCUUGUGGACGGUGACAGAGCCCUGACUGCAGAGAGUAAGUGGGUGGUUCAGAAAUACCUUGAAUGUCCUCUGUUGGUCCACGGCACCAAGUUCGACAUCCGUCAGUGGUUCCUCAUCACCGACUGGAACCCUCUGACGGUCUGGUUCUACACCGAGUGCUACCUGCGAUUCUCCACUCAGCCAUACUCAACAAACACUCUGGACAGCUCAGUCCACCUGUGCAACAACUCCAUCCAGAAGCACUUUCAGCCGUCCUCUGAGCGCCAUCCAGCAGUGCCUUUGGAAAACAUGUGGUCGUGCAGUCAGUUUAGGGCGUAUCUGCAGCAGCAGGGCCGUGGGGCAGAGUGGGAGUCAGUGGUGGUCACGGGCAUGCAGCAAGCGUUGGUCCGUACCCUGCAGACAGCCCAAGACCUGGUGGAGCCCCGCAAGGCGAGCUUUGAGCUCUACGGAGCCGACUUCAUGUUGGGCAGAGAUCUGAAGCCUUGGCUCCUGGAGAUCAACGCCAGUCCGACUAUGGCCUGCUCCACUUCUGUGACCGCUCGCCUCUGCCCAGCUGUGCAGCUGGACACGCUGAGGGUGGUGCUGGACAGACGGACUGAUCCCAGUGCUUACACAGGAGGCUUCCAGCUAAUCUUCAAACAGGCUGCAGUUGAGGUUCCUCCGUACGUGGGAGUGAACUUGCUGGUGGAAGGAGCCCCCGUACGGCGAUCCAGACACCGACUUCAUAAACAAGUAGUUUCUAGCCCAGCUACCCAUUUCCCUUUGGACCAGUCUUUGUCGGAAAAAGCUGAAACGACACACAAGUGCCACUCGGGCAAGGAGAAGCAAACCGCUGUAGAUAUAUUGAGCCAGCUGUCAACAACAUCUUUUCGCCUGGAACGAGAGGGGGGACCAGACAUCCAGAAUACCUCCUGUGUUGACAUCUCCUGUCGCAGUCUGGCAUGGGAUCACCCUUUGAUGGUGCACACUGAACCUCGGAGGAAAGCUCAACGUUUGGGUUUGGGCCUCGGUGGCAAAGUGCCAACCCUGGUCCCACGGAGCUUUUCUUUUUCCCUCAGCCCUCCUGUCAACCCAGGCCAUCAACCACUCAUCUCCAGAGCCGUUGUUGCCCAGACAGCUUUAAAACUCCAACAGAGGUCUCCUAGGAAGAGCUUUCCUUCACUCCGGGGCCCUCUUCCUACCAUGGAGGUCUUUAGCUUGCAACCAAGCGUUGCCUCUGCUACCAGUGCCUGUCGUAAUCCACGUUUGCCCUCUCACCACAGUGUCCACAGGCGCCAGUUAUUCCUCCGCUCUCAAAGGCAAAGCAUGGCUAUAUUUAGAGAAGAGUGCACAGAGGAACGUGAAAAUGAUCGGUAUUAAGUGUCAAAUAGACUGGAGCCUGAUGAAAGACAAAUUAAAUAUUUAAAUCACAACUUAUUUGAUUGUGGAAACCUUCGAAUCAUUUUGAUGGGAUCCUAUAUGAAUACUCUUCACAUUCUGAUACACUAUUAAAUCGCAACAAAGUCUGUCCAGUAUUGUGGAUACUUCAAGGUGGCUGUGCCAAAAAAUAUUACAACAAAACACGUGGUUCAAUGCUCUGCAGAUUCAUAAUCAGACUCGAAUGAAUGGGAUUUAGGUAUUUUAAAUGGCCAGCAGGUGGCAGCACAGGCUAAAUGAUCAAGAUGCAUUGUUGCCAAAGCCUUUUUAGUGGAAAGACUUAAAAGGAAAACGCUGUCAGUUCUUAUCCAGAUGUUGCCACAUAUUUGGCAACAUAAAUGUCAAUACAUUUACCUUCAAGUUAUCUAAGCGAAUGUUUUUACUGAGCUAUUAAAUUAAAAUCAACUACUGAAAUUGCCAAACUGUAAGAUAUGUUAUUUUGCAAGAUAUAUAGUCAGGAAACAAUGAGGAGGGGCGGCAGGUAUGACGUGACACAAAGGUCAAACCGGAGAUGUUGUGCUUAAGCAUCUUAAACUCCAGCCCUCAAACGUCCAACUUCAGAAGUUAGUAUUUAAAGCAACAUCUGAUUAAUUGGCUAAACUGGCUUUAUUAUUGUGUUUACUACUGAAGGCAUUUUGUGUGCUUUCACACUUUCACACAGUUUUUAGGAGCAAACACAUAAAUUACAAAGAAAUCUGCAGCAUCUGCAGCAGUUGAAAAAGUGCUAA